GUGUCAAGCCGCGCUAGCGAAGAAGAAGAAGAAGAGAGUGGAGUUUGCUGACAUUUGUUUUCGUGCGUUGAGUGUAAAUGUGAAUUUUAGGUGUUUUCCACCCCACUGCCAGAUUGUCUCCCCGGUGAUCCCGAAGCGUGGCAGAAGAGCCCCCAAAAAGUGGUGCGGAGAGAAAGUGAGAGAAGUGGCUAGACAGAGACAGCUGGAGCGCCUGCUUCGCGUGCGUGUGAGACUGUGUGUGUUGGUGUGGUGAGAGUGCGGAGAAAAAUAAGGGAAAAGAACUAAUUAAGAGAGGAAGCAAAGAGGAGGUGGAGAAGUGAGGAGGGCGAAAAGGCGGCGAUUCACGGCAGUGCACAAGAGAGUGGAAAAGGGAUAGCGAAGAAGGCCAGAGGAAAGAAAGGAAAAUCAAUAAUGGGAGAUCAACAGUUCUUUUUAAAAUGGAACGACUUCCAAACGAACAUGGUGACGUCCUUUCGGCAUCUGCGGGAUGAGAAGAGCUUCACGGACGUGACACUGGCUUGCGAAGGGCAGACGUGCAAAGCUCACAAGAUGGUUCUCUCCGCCUGCAGUCCGUACUUCAAGUCACUGCUGGAGGAAAACCCAUCGAAACACCCGAUAAUCAUCCUGAAGGAUGUUUCCUACAGUCACCUGCAGGCCAUUCUGGAGUUCAUGUAUGCUGGCGAGGUGAAUGUGUCGCAGGAGCAGCUUCCCGCCUUUCUCAAGACCGCCGAUCGGCUCAAAGUCAAGGGCCUGGCCGAGACUCCGGCCACGAUUAAGCGGGAAGGUUGAUGCUGGGCAGGACGCGACAGAAUCGGUUUAAUAUACAUUUCUUUUCGGAAACCUAACAGUAGAAGAAGCACGUAAAAAAUAUUGACAAAAAGAGAGAGAGUGAGAGAGAGAGAAUAUUGGUUUUUUCUAUCAGUGAAAAAGAUUUUUUUUCUUGUAAUAGAAUAAAUAAUGUAAUGCAUUUUUAUUUUACGCGAUUUAGUAAUGGAAGAAGUGUAGGCAAAAAUUUAUCAUUUCUCUUUAGUGGAUUUUUCUCAUGGGCACGAAAAUGUUUUUUUUUCUAAAAAAAUAUAUCACAAUUGCAAGCAUUUUUGGUGGUUGAAAAAAAAAAAACACAGAUAAAAAGAUAACAGAGACUCUUGCUUUUUUGCACAAUCCAAUGAAAAUGACACUAUGUUACCACAAUAAACCUUAGCAUGUUUUUUUAUUAUUGAUUUUUAUUUUAUGAAUCAUUUUUUUUAAUUAUUUUAUAGACAAGAAAAGCGAAAUGAUAAACACUUUUGUUUCUCAUAGUGUAAAACUGAGGAGAAAUCUUUUUAAGAGUGACGAUAGAGUUUAAAAAAAAGAAAGGAAGAUGAAAAAAAAGAGAAAAGAACCCAUUUUUAAGUGAUUCUGUUAGUUGUUUAAGUUUCUACUGAAAACAAAAAAAAAUAUAGCGAGAGUGGAAAUUUUGAGAAAAUAAGUGAGAAAUUAAGGUGUAAGCUAUAAUAGAGUAAAUUUAUGGGCAAUUUGUAGUUAAUUUAGAAAUCCCACUGGCAUAUUUUUUCUCAAUAAAUAAAAAAAAACAACAAUAAAUUAAGAAAACUAUCGAAAUUGUCAUUUAAGUUAAUUGUAUUUUUGGGUAAAAUUGUGCGAAAUUCAUGAAACUGAUUUAGAGCAAUUUCCUUUUAUUCAUUCGUAUAACAAGUUUAAGCAGAAGAAGAUGAAGACGGAAGAAGAAGAAGAUGUACAAACCAAACGGAAGAUCGUUUCUUUUUUAGGGUGGAUUUUGGAGAUUGAGCGCGCGAAGUUGGGAAAUAAAAGCUCCAAAGGAGACAAAAUAACCGGACACACUGUAGAAGAGGAACAAAGUUAUAUUUUAUUAAGGACAAUAUAGUAAUUAAACGUAUAAUUGUUUCUUUUCUCACUCAAACUUCUUUCCAACACGUCCAUUUUUUCUUUGUAUUGUAAUGUGUUUCGUUUUCUUUUUAAGGGCAAAAAUGUGAGGCGAAGAAGAGAAGGUGAAAAAAAACAUGAGCUAGGCGAGUAAUUUUUGCAAAGGAGAGAAUAAAUAAAUAAUUGUAAAGAUGAUAAUGAUGUGAGAAAUCCCAAGAGUAUAAUUUCCAAAAAAAAAAGAAAAGAAGAGAUACAUUUCAGAAUGGAAAAUGUUUUUUUACACCAUACUUUACUGUCACACAUGAUAUUUUAAAAAGAAUGAUGAAAAAACACACACUAAAUGAAGGAAAUACAGUAAAUAUUUAAUUGAAAUAGGCAUGAGAAGUGUAUUUUACCUAAUAUAAUUAAUUAUUCUUGAUAAAAGCGAUUUAUAUACAUUAUAUAAAAUGAUUAAUUUAGAAAGAAA